AGCAAAGCAAAGGCGUAAAAUAUUUUGUAAACAUUCCACAUUAUUAUUACGUAUUCAAUAAUUAGUUGAAUAGCUCUUAUUCCAUAGAAACUAUGGAAUUUAUAUUUUUACUUAUAUUAUCUAAUUUUGACUUUUCCCGAUUGCACAGUCCGUUUAACUAGUGCAACAGCAGAUACGCACGCAAUAACGAAAAAUAAUAAUAAUGGGUGAUCUUACAGAUCUUUUCACAACACAAAGGCACCAGAAUUUAUUUUAUAAAGUAACAAAUGGUGGUCUAACUUUCUACGUAAAAGGCUCAGGAAAUGCUUCCGUAGGGCUAGCUCGAGCACCCAAGGCAAAUAGUUGUAUUUAUUGGAUUUUAAUAGGAUGUAAAAAUAGUUGCUUCAUAAUGAACAAAGGACUUCGUUACAAGUACAGAGUAACCCCAUAUAUUUUAUCCAAAUUAGAAUACCGAAAGUUCUGGAUCUCGUGGAAUGAUGGGUUCGUCAAGUUAGGUCGAGGCGAUGAUGAGGAACCUAUUUUUUCACUGAAAAACCCGGUGCAAGAUUUGCAUUACGUCACAUUUUCUGUGUUAGACCAGAAUAAUGUAUUGUACUGGAAAGUUUUUUUGCCUCCUAAAUCACUUACUGCCUCUUUAAGGCAGCCAGCUUUAACGAAAGUUGAAGGCGGAACACCACAUUGGGUCCUGAUGAAUAAUGAAUUACCCGAAGAUGCAGUUAUUGGUGGAUAUGAAAAAGAAACAUUAUACAUAAUGAGAGCUUAUCAUGAAAACACUCUCAUUCCCGGCAAGUUUGUGCAAUCAGUGGGAAAUGGCUACGUACCAUGGGGAGGACGAAUGCACGAAAAAUACAAGUUUCAAAUUCUUUGUGGAUAUGACUGCGUUUGGAUUCCAGUUAUUAAUGAUAAAAUACCAGUACAAGCAAUUGAAGCCGGUUAUACAGAAGUAGGUCAUGAGGUUACAUAUAUCGGUCGUGCAUUGUGUAACGGAAAUCUCAUUCCAGGGAAAAUUACACCAUCGCAUAGUGUUUGUUACGUCCCGUACGAUGGAAUCGAAAUAGCUAAAACAGAAUAUGAGAUAUUAGUUGAUCCCUUUAAAAAAAAAGUAUACGCAAAUAGUUUUUACUUACCAGAAGUACGUGUUGUAUAUUUAACUAUAAUGGGUGAUUUAUGUGAUUUCAUAACAUGGCCUAAACAUCAAAAUAUAUAUUACAAAGUUACGAGCGAUUCGCUCUUGUUCAGCCUUAAAGGAGAAAGAAAUGCCGCUAUUGGUCUAGCAAAAGAGCCCGGUAAUUGCUCUUACUGGAUCUUGAUAGGAUAUGACCAGCAGUGUUGGAUCAAAACACAUAAUGGAAAAACCUGUUGCAAUGUGCAUACAAGAAACAUUCUUUCCAUAGCUAAAUACAAAACAUUUUGGCUUACUUGGAGGAAUGGCAAAAUAGCUUUGGGUAGAAGUAAUAAUAAAACUCCAAUACUCAAAAAACAAACCAGUCUACCUAAUUUAAAAUAUGUCACAUUUUCUGUCAUUGAUGCAUAUAAUCCUCUUUAUUGGAAGUGUCAAUUGGCACCCAUAAUUGAAAAACCAAAGCUGCUAGCAAUGCCAGGUGGGGAACCACGGUGGGUCAAAGCUUAUGAUCAACUUCCUGAUGAAGCUAUGAUAGGUGGAUAUGAAACAGGAGUUUUAUACAUAAUAAGGGCACCUCAUCAGGGAUCAUUGACUCCUGGUAAAUUUGUACCAGAACUUGGACUGGGAUUUGUGCCUUGGGGUGGUGAAAUGCAUGAAAAAAAUGAAUUUGAGGUGCUGUGUGGAUACAAUUGCACAUGGAUAAAGACAAUUAGAAAUGAAAUACCAGUUGGAGCUAUCGAAGGUGGAUAUUCUGAGGAUGGACAUGAAAUUCUUUAUGUUGGUCGUGCUCUGUGUGAAGGUUACCUUAUCCCAGGAAAAGUGCAACCUUCACACAAUUGCUGUUACAUUAGCUACAAUGGAAAAGAAAUCGCUUCUCAGGAAUACGAAAUAUUAAUUUUGUCGCACAUUAAGACAAAAAGUGCUCAUAAUUUUUACUUACCUGGUUUUGGUGACGGUAAUAAUAUAAUGAUUAACAGACAUAGCAGUGGCGGUGAAAGUGAAGAGGAAGAAAUAUAUUUAAGAGAUGAUGACGAAUCUGAAUUGUAUUUAAGAGAUUAAGUAUUCUAUAAAAGCUUAUUAAAUAUUUAUUAAAAACAAAACAUUUGGAAUAUUUAUUUACAUUUGUUAUCAAUAUAAGAUUAAUAAAGAAAAAAGGCUG